GAGCACAACCGUUCCAUGACCCAAGAUCCCCACCAAACACCAUUUCCCCCGGCCCCUCUACUAUAAGUACCAAUCCUUGAGCUAAUUCACUCAUCAGGACUCAGUGUUCUUCCCAUUCCAUUCCACAGCUCCACCAAAUCCAGCUACAAAACGAAGCCAGAACAAGAAAUCGGCGCCAAGUCAUCUCCUUCUUACCCACCCGGAAGGCCGGAACUAAAAAUGGGCUCGUUGCCGGAGCACGGGGCCGCCGAGGCCGAGACGUCGACGGUGAUCUUCCGGUCGACGCUGCCGGACAUCGCGAUCCCAGACCACCUCCCGCUGCACGACUACGUCUUCGAGCGCCUGGCCUCCCGCCGCGACCGCGCCUGCCUCAUCGACGGCGCCACGGGCGAGACCUUGACGCUGGGCGACGUGCACGCACUCUCCCUGCGCGUGGCCGCCGGCUUCCACCGUUCCCUGGGCGUCCGCCACGGCAGCGUCGUGAUGCUCCUCCUCCCCAACUCCGUCGAGUUCGCGCUCGCCUUCCUCGCCGCCUCCCGCCUCGGCGCCGUCACCACCACCGCCAACCCGCUCCACACCCCGCCCGAGAUCGCCAAGCAGGUAUCCGCGUCCGGCGCCACGGUCGUCAUCACCGAGCCCGCCUUCGUCUCCAAGGUACAAAACCUCACCGGCGUCACAAUCGUCGCCACCGGCGUUGGAGCCGAAGGGUGUACAUCCUUCGCCGACCUGGCAGCCACGGAGGACGCCGCCUCACUUCCGGAGACCCGCAUCGACGUGGCCAACGACGUGGUGGCGCUCCCUUACUCGUCCGGCACCACGGGGCUCCCCAAGGGCGUCAUGCUCUUGCACCGGGGCCUGGUCACCAGCGUGUCCCAGCUAGUGGACGGGGACAACCCGAACCUCCACAUCCGGGAAGACGACGUCGUGCUCUGCGUGCUCCCCAUGUUCCACGUCUACUCGCUCCACUCCAUCCUGCUCUGCGGGAUGCGCGCGGGGGCGGCCCUGGUGAUCAUGAAGCGGUUCGAGACGGUGAGGAUGUUCGAGCUCGUGGAGCGGCACGGGAUCACCAUCGCGCCGCUGGUUCCGCCCAUCGUCGUGGAGAUGGCCAAGAGCGACGCUGUUGGAAAGUAUGACUUGUCGUCCGUGCGCAUGGUCAUCUCCGGCGCCGCUCCCAUGGGCAAGGAGCUGCAGGACAUCGUCCACGCCAAGCUCCCCCGUGCCGUGCUCGGACAGGGAUAUGGGAUGACGGAGGCGGGUCCGGUGCUGUCGAUGUGCAUGGCGUUCGCCAAGGAGCCGUUGCCGGUGAAGUCCGGCGCCUGCGGCACGGUGGUGAGGAACGCCGAGCUCAAGAUCGUCGACCCGGAGACCGGCCUGUGCCUCGGCCGCAACCAGCCAGGGGAGAUUUGCAUCAGGGGAAGGCAGAUCAUGAAAGGGUACCUUAACAACCCGGACGCCACGGCGGAGACCGUCGACAAGGACGGGUGGCUCCACACCGGCGACGUAGGCUACGUGGACGACGACGACGAGAUCUUCAUCGUGGACCGGCUCAAGGAGCUCAUCAAGUACAAGGGCUUCCAGGUGGCCCCCGCCGAGCUCGAGGCCAUGCUCAUCGCCCACCCCAGCAUCGCCGACGCCGCCGUCGUCCCGAUGAAGGAUGACGCCAGUGGCGAGAUCCCCGUGGCGUUCGUCGUGCCGUCGGACGGCGCCGGCAUCACCGAGGACGAGAUCAAGCAGUACGUGGCGAAGCAGGUGGUGUUCUACAAGCGGCUGCAGAAGGUCUUCUUCGCAACCUCCAUCCCCAAGGCGCCGUCGGGGAAGAUCUUGAGGAAGGAUCUCAGAGCAAAGUUGGCCGCCGGAUCCUGCUGAUGAUCCUGAUCCUGAUCCAUAGAUGUUAUGUGUGCAAAAUAUAUACAAGUACCCAGUUUGAUUUUUCUUCUCGUCAUGCUAAAAAUGACACGAAAGGAGAUAUAAAUUUUACAGGAUGAGAUUGUAUUGCCAGCAGGCACUUUUGCACUUGCAUAUCAGUGAGCUGGAAAAAAAAUGUAUUUGUUUGGAUGUACUAUUGCGGCGUUACAUUCAUUACAAGUUGCUCCAAA